AUGUCUUCGCAGCAUCGCCGAUCACUUCCAUUUAUAAGGUCCUUUUUCCGCUCCCGAACAGGCGCCACAGUCUACGAGCCAACGUACAAACUGCUUCCAGAUGAAAAACCCAAUCUCGAAGUAAUCCGCUUCGUCCUGACAAGCGUCUUGAAGAACGUGCCUACUGUGAUCGACACGAGCUUUGUUACCAAGAUAACGUCAGAAAUACACGAUAGAGUAAAGCUCAUGAUGCCCAAACGAUACAGAUUCAUUAUUCAGGACCUUAGAUUCAAAAAACCAUCCAUCAUCAAUACAGCCAUCUCGAUCUAA